UUGUGUAAGUACCCUCUCACAGAACCAGCAUUCGAAUUAGCAAAUGGAGAAAUCUGGUUAUGGGCAUGACGGCAUAUACAGAUCCCUUCGCUCUCCUCUGCUCCUGCCCAAUGACCCAAACCUCUCCAUGGUCUCAUUCCUCUUCCGGAACUCCUCCUCUUACUCCGACAAACCUGCCCUCAUCGACGCUGACUCCGGCCAAACCCUCACCUUCUCCCAGUUCAAAUCCACCGUCGCCAAACUCUCCCACGCCUUCAUCCACCAAUUGGGUAUCAAGAAAAACGACGUCAUCCUCAUCUUCUCCCCCAACUCAAUCCAAUUCCCCAUCUGCUUCUUUGCGAUCAUUGCAAUCGGAGCUAUUGCCACCACUGUAAACCCUCUGUAUACGGUAUCCGAGAUUUCAAAACAAGUCAAGGAUUGUAAGCCAAAGGUUAUCGUUACCGUUCCUGAAUUAUGGGAUAAGGUUAAAGGGUUUGGAUUGAAAUACAUAAUAAUGGGUACCGAGAAAAAUUAUAACUUGAGUGGUAUUAGCUCGAAUUCAAAGGUUACAUGGUUCAUUGAUUUGGUUGAGAAUUAUGGGUCCAUGUCGGAUUUAUUUCCUGUGGCUGAAAUUAAAUCGAGUGAUACGGCUGCUCUGUUGUACUCUUCGGGCACAACAGGGUUGAGUAAAGGAGUGGUUUUGAGCCAUGGGAAUUUUGUGGCGUCGGCUCUAAUGGUUACUGCUGACCAAGAACUCGCGGGGGAGAUGGGCAGGGUGUACUUAUGUGUGUUGCCUAUGUUUCAUGUUUUUGGACUGGCUGUGAUUAUGUAUUCGCAACUGCAGAGGGGCGAUGCGAUCGUCUCAAUGGCGAAGUUCGAUUUGGAGAUGUUUUUGAGAGCUGUGGAGAAGUAUAGAGUGACACAUUUGUGGCUUGUGCCCCCUAUUGUGCUGGCUCUGGCUAAGAAUAGUGUAGUAAAGAAGUAUGAUACAUCGUCGUUGAGGCAAAUUGGGUCCGGCGCAGCGCCUUUGGGGAAGGAGUUGAUGGCAGAAUGUGCGAAAAAUUUCCCUCAGGCGGCAGUUAUGCAGGGCUAUGGUAUGACAGAAACUACUGGGAUUGUUGCAAUUGAGAAUCCAAGAUUAGGUCGUCGGCAUUCUGGCUCAGCAGGAACCCUUGUUAUAGGUGUGGAAUGCCAAAUAGUUGGCGUAGAAACUCUGAAGCCACUUCCUCCUAAACAGUUGGGAGAGAUAUGGGCUCGGGGAGCUAACAUGAUGCAAGGUUAUUUUAACAAUUCACAAGCCACCGAACUUACUACAGACAAGCAGGGUUGGGUCCAUACAGGAGAUCUUGGAUAUAUCGACGAGGAAGGACAACUAUUUGUCGUUGACCGACUUAAAGAGCUGAUAAAGUACAAAGGAUUUCAGGUCGCUCCAGCAGAGCUUGAAGGGUUGCUUGUUUCUCACCCUAAAAUACUAGAUGCUGUUGUCAUUCCGUUUCCUGAUGCUGAAGCGGGUGAGGUCCCAGCUGCAUAUGUUGUCCGCUCUCCCAACUCUGCACUAACCGAAGAAGAUGUGAAGAGAUUUAUAGCAGAACAGGUUGCGCCUUUCAAAAGAUUGCAUCGGGUAACAUUCGUAGACAGUGUUCCAAAAACAGCUUCAGGAAAGAUCCUCAGAAGAGUGCUCACGGAGAAAGUCCGGUCCAAGAUAUAAAAGUCAGCGAAUUCAUGGCGGUCUUUCAAAAUCUUGGCUUUACCUGGUUUGUUCCAGAUUAGAGUAUAAGGAUGUAUAAAUCUCCAGUAGGCGUUCUUAGAAAUUUUUUGAACAAAAUAAUUUGCAGUAUAAAGUAUAAACCAAUGAAACUUUAGGCACUAUUCGUUCAGAUACAUGUCUCACUAUCAAGAUUAUAUGAACAUUUGCGCAGAAUUGAACUUU